ACCUGGAGGUGAUGUUCGAAUACCCGGAAGUUGAGCACACAUUGGGAUACUGAGGACGUUGUGUUCUUGUCAAGUUUUCUCCUUCUCCAUCAGAGCCGUUUUGAAACUGCAUUUAUUCGCCACCUGAAACAGAAACAUGUCAACCGAGAAGUGCUUUGCUAAAGGUAGUACCGCUCCUGGUCCGGUCCCAGAACACCAAAUCAGGCUCUACAGCAUGAGAUUCUGCCCUUUCGCUCACAGGGCCAGACUGGUGCUGACUGCCAAAGGGAUCAAGCACGACACAAUCAACAUCAACCUGAAAGACAAACCAGAGUGGUUCCUUGAGAAGAACCCCCUCGGUCUUGUCCCGACACUGGAGACCCCUGCUGGUGAAGUCAUAUACGAAUCUCCCAUCACUUGUGAGUACCUGGAUGAAGUUUACCCCAAGAAGCUGCUCCCUUCCUCUCCUUAUGGAAAAGCUCAACAAAAGAUGAUGCUGGAGCAUUUCUCCAAGGUGACUCCAUACUUCUUCAAGAUCCCAACAGGGAGAAUGAAGGGUGAUGAUGUUUCAGGGCUGGUCGCUGAACUGAAGGAGAAGUUGGCCAAUUUGAAUGAGGACCUUGUCAACAAGAAGACCAUGUUCUUCGGUGGAGAUUCCAUCACGAUGAUCGACUACAUGAUGUGGCCGUGGUUCGAGAGGCUUGAGAGCUUUGGGCUGGAGGCGUGCCUUGACGGCACACCUGAGCUGAAGAAGUGGACUGAGCGCAUGAUGGAGGAUCCAGCUGUUAAAGCCUCCUCCCACAGCGCGGACACCUACAAGGCCUUCUACAAGAGCUACGGGGAGGGGAAACCCAACUACGACCUGGGCCUGUAGAAGUAACCUCAACCAUGAGCAAUCCGUGUUUGUUUUAUCCAUGUGUUUUGUCAUUUUUCAAUCAGACAAGUGUACUAAAGAGCAAAGCUUGACAUGCCAGGCUUUAUUAGAAUUCGCUGUAAAACCAAAAACACUGGCCAGAGAUCAUGGGUACUGACAGUGGUUAUCUUUGUUGAUUAGGGUUUCUUCAUCAGGCUUUGUGUGUGCUUCCAUAAAAACGAGACGUUUGAGUCUUUCUCUGUCUAAACUGUAAUGAUAGCACAUCGUCUACCUCAGUCAAGGUAUUUAUAACAUGACAACCGCAUCACUGUAGAGCUCUUAAACUUAUAACUUCAUACAGCUUUUUUAGCAUUGUGUUUAUUUCUAUCCUUAAUAAAGGAGACAUGAAAAUCACUUAAAAGCAAAUAAAUUUUACUGAUUGAACAUCCAUUCUUUAAUUAGCUCUGAAUAGCUGCACGUUCCCAUUCAUCACAGUGUAAUCAAUAUAGUUGUAACCUCUGUAGCUGAAAGCUCUUGGUGUGUUGCAUUACUACUGUAUGUAUGCUCAGAAUCAAUAUCAGUCAUAGAAACUGUUGUCAGAUAAAGAAUAAGAAACACCAGAAUUUUUUAUAGGCAAUGAAUCCUACUCCAAUCAUAACUUCUCACAGUGCAACAACAUGUUAUAAAGGUGUGUGUAAAAUAGCAUAAUACUGAUGAUCACCUUUGUGACACUGAGAACUCUGGCAUCACACCUCUAACUAACAAGCCACUAACCCAUUGAUUUCCCCUGUCGUACAGCCUGCUGGAGUUAUGUGUUAACAAAAUAUAAAAAAAUAUUCAGAAAAACACUACAAUGAGGAAACAUAGUUUUUAUUGGACAUCCAAAACAUAGAUACAACUUGCUUUAUUUUGAAUCAUCCAUUCCAACGCUUGGCACUUCUUUUGAUAGGUACUGUAAAUGUCUUGUCUGUCACGAUCUGAGUUUUCUGUCUGUCUUCCAAUAAACAAACAAAAACACA